AUAUUAAAAAAUAAAUUUAUCUCUGCGAGAUGGAGAGAAUAUAUAUAAUGCAAUAAAACCAUAAAGGGCUAGAAAUGGGCCUAAAAUUUGAAAGCCCAAAACAGCAAAAAAGCCCGAUUCACCAAUGCCGCCAAAUGGCGGGAAACAUAACCUCCAAAAUCACAAAACCAGUGAGCCCUAAAAUUGACUUUGAAAUGUUUGUACAAAUGAGAAAAUCACUUCUGCUUUAGGCUUUUCUAGAGAGAGAGAGAGAGAGAGAGAGAGAGAGAGAGAGAUGGAGUCGGAGAAAGUGGAAAAAGUGGUACCGGAGGUGGAGGAGCUGCCUAAGGCUAUUGUGCGUAGGGUGGUCAAGGAUAAGCUCUCCCAUUGCUCCACGGACGGCGACCUUAACGUCCACAAAGAUGCUCUCCUUGCUUUCUCCGAAAGCGCAAGAAUCUUCAUUCAUUAUCUUUCGGCUACGGCUAAUGAUAUAUGUAAGGAAUCAAAGAGGCAAACUAUCAAUGCAAAUGAUGUGUUAAAGGCGCUUGAAGAAAUUGAAUUUCCUGAGUUUGUUGGCCCUCUCAAAGCCUCCCUUGAUGAGUUUAAGCAGAAAAAUGUUGGAAAAAAGGCAGGAGCAUCAGAGACAGGAAAGAAGGCGGCAGCAUCAGACAUGGGAAAGAAGGCAGGAGCAUCAGAGACGGGAAAAAAUACAGGAGAAUCGGAGACCAAAGAAGUAAAAAAGAAGAGGAAAGUAGAAGAGCCUUCAAAGAAAAUUGGAGGUAAAAGCAAACAGAAAAAAGAGGACUGAUAUAGAGGAGAACGAUGGCUGCAAUAAUCUGUCAGGAACAAUACUGUUGUUUACGAGGCUAGGGGGACAAAAAUGGAGCAGCACACUAGUUUGAACUUCUCUUGUUAGGUAGAUAGAAAGCUAGCUGUUUUAUUUAUGCCAUUAUGUUAGCUGUAGAACUGUGCUUCGCCCAGUUAGGUUUAUGAACCUGAAACCCAUAUUUGUAUUAAUUAUGAAAAAGAGAGUCUUAGCUUUUCUAGUGGUUUUUCUUUUUCUUCUUGAUGUUCAAGAAAUUGAGAAGGAAUUUGUUCUACAGAACGGGCUCCGUGAAACAUUAUACGUGGCCAUUGCAGCUGUGAAAAUACUCCAGAGCAUCUAUGAAAGGUUCAAGUAGGUUUUAUUUA